GCUUACCCUUUGUAAAGAUCGAAAUACCAAUUUAUACUAAUGUUAUCGAUUAAGUCAUAUGAAAUAUUUUGUUAUUGUAUUGUAAUCGAAUUAUGGUCACACAGUGUCAUGAAGAAGCUGGUCGUCGACAAAACACGAAAUUGAAACUCGCGGAAACUCUCCGAAACCUACUGAAAUUUAUCUGAAUUUAAUUUAAAACGUCAAGUGUCUUUUCAUUAAAUUUUAGGGCCCAGCGUUCAUACUGGUCCUUACAUCUUUCAAUUUCGUUUGUUGUUGAGCGUGUUUUCAAUUUAAAGUCGACGAUCAGUGGAAUAUAUAGUGUGGAAUCGAAGUGUUAUGCAGAUGUCAACUGGUAUACACGAGCCAAGAUUCACACGAAAAUUUACGUACAUAUCGCCAAAUGUACAGUGACCCUGAAAUCUAGUCGAGACGCCGAGUUAAGUGACGCCGGUAACGGUAAAAUCGUACGGUAUCUGCCACAUACCUAAAAUAUGUGCAUGUAUGCAUGUAUGUAGAAAAAUACCGAGUGAUAUGUGUGAGUGACAAAUACAUAAAGACAAAGUUGUUAGACUUAAAUUCUGAGGUACCGAACUAGAUCACUAAUAGUGAAUACACUGAGCGAACCAAAAAAGGCUGUGAGUUGGAGCAUAGCGCGCCUAAGGCAAAUAAAAUUCUCCAGGGUUGCCGGUGUGUAAUAUUAGUGAACUGUGACUUUGUAGUACUGAUGAACCGAUAUAAUUUGCGAAAUAAGCCAAACAAAAUGAGUUCAAGUGAAGACGAUAUUUUAGACGCUACAAUGCGUGACAACUCUAAUGUGAAAGAAGACAAUGAAAAGCCUUCAACAAGUAAGGCAGUGGUCCAAAAGAGAGACGAAAUAAGUGACGAUCUUGCAGCUGUUAUAGUUAGCCUGAAGGAGCUAACUACGAUGGUAAAACAAGGUCAACAAGACAUUGUGAACAUGAACCACCGAUUCACAGAGAACCGUUUAGAAGAUAAACAAAAGAACUUGACACCGCUAAGUAUCAACCAAUUUAAUCCAGAAUGUGUAAAUGUUGGGAGUAAUAAUGCUAAUCCUAAUCUUUCAGUCUCCCAUACAGUGACAAACACAACAGCGAUGCCUGCAGUAUCUACAGUCAAAAUAUAUGAUUUACCGAUGUUUUCUGGUUCCGCUGAACAAUGGCCGUUGUUCAUAGCCAACUUUAACGACACAACAGAGGAAUUCAAUUACACCAAUCGACAAAAUUUGAUCCGACUUCAGAAAUGCCUUACCGGCGAAGCAAAAGAAACAGUAGCAGCCAUGCUAAUAUAUCCCGACGAUGUGCCAACUGUCAUUGAAGAGCUUAAAUUUCGAUUUGGACGCCCGGAAAUACUUGUUAGAUCCCAGAUCGCCAUGAUAAGGGAGUUCCCAAAAAUCUCCAUUAAUAAAUUGGAUCAAGUAAUAGUCUUGUCUACAAAGGUACGUGGGGUCGUUGCCUUUUUGUCAUCUGCCAAUUGUACUAAGCACUUGGAAAAUCCAAUACUACUGGACGAGCUGAUCAGCAAGCUCCCAAUGGAUGCUCAAAUAGAUUGGAUACGACAUGCGGAUUCGUUGUCUGUAAAUCCUUCAGUUGCGGAGUUUUCAACAUGGUUAAGCAGCUUUGCUAGAAUUAUAAGCCGAUUGCCCAUAGCAGAGAAUGCCAUUAAACAGAAAAACGUGAAGACUAUCCUUCACACCAAUUACAUCGAAAAGAAGUGUUUGUUAUGCAACGAAAAUCACACAUUAAGUGAUUGUAAAUCAUGGUGUGAUGACACCGAUAUCACCGCCCGAUGGGACAUAGCCAAAGCAAACCAUUUGUGUUUCUCAUGUCUGUCAAAAGGACACAGUAUGAGAGACUGUGAUUCAAAGAUGAAAUGCGAUAUUGGAGGAUGUACACGCGUACAUCACAAGACACUACAUAGUGCUUUGGUAAAAAGCCAGCCAACUUUUAACAAGACGUCAAGUCCAGUCACAGAGAAAACAACACCAAUGUUCACUUGCAGUACUACAUCAGGAUUGCUUAGCCAAUAUUUCAAAAUUAUUCCUGUAGUACUUUAUGGCCCAAAUGGCAGGUACGAAACAUUUGCAAUGUUUGAUGAGGGUAGCGCUGUUACAUUAUUGGAAGAAAAUAUGGCAAAAACUUUAGGUUUGACUGGUCAACGUCAAGCUUUAAAUCUGCAGUGGUACGAUCAAAAUAUAAUCACAGAAAUGUCUGUAAAAACUAGUUUUGAGAUUGCUGAUAGUAAGGACAAAGUAAGAUACACAAUAAAGGGAGCACAGACAGUGCAUAAGUUGAACCUGCCGCGACAAUCGUUCCAAAGACAUCAAUAUAAACACUUGAGAAAUUUGCCAAUAGUUGAUUACAAAGAUGCUAAGCCAAGCCUGCUUAUUGGGCUAGAUAACGCACAUUUGGGAUUGUCACGAACAUGUAUUGUUAAUGGUGCGACACAGCCAAUAGGACUUUACACAAAACUUGGGUGGUUGGCUUAUGGGCCGACCAAUCAUAAGACAGACACGUCAUUUGUUAUGCACAUUAAAACAGACAGCCUUCACGAAUUGGUUAAACAGUACUUUUCAACCGAACAUUUUGGAACUAACGAUUUGCAAUUGCUGGAAUCUAAAGAUAAUAUUCGCGCUCGAGAAAUUUUAUGCGACACCACUAUUCAAGUUGACAACCGAUUUCAGAUAGGAUUACUCUGGAAAGAGAACGUACAGUUGCCAAACAGCUAUAAGAUGGCAGAAAGACGACUUUUGGGAAUUGAGAAGAAAAUGCAACGUGAUGAAAUUUAUGCUGAAAAAUACAGAAAUGAAAUGAACAAAUAUUUGGAGAAAGGAUAUGCUCGAAAAUUAAUGCCAGAAGAAAUAGAGAACGAGUCAAAAAGAGUAUGGUACUUGCCGCACUUUUCAGUACAAACCGUGCACAAACCAGAAAAGUUGCGGAUAGUUUUCGACGCCGCUGCAACAGUGGAUGGAGUAUCUUUAAAUACUUCAUUGCUAAAAGGUCCAGAAGUAACUAAUCCACUCAUUGCUAUUCUGUUACAGUUCAGGAAUGGUGCCAUUGGAGUGGCAGCCGACAUUAAAGAGAUGUUCUCACAAAUUCGAAUCCAACCUGAAGAUCAACAAGCACAACGGUUCCUUUGGCGCGACGGACUUACAUCGCAGCCAAUACAACAUUACGCCAUGACGUCAUUAAUUUUUGGAGCAGUCUGCUCACCCUACUGUGCUGAAUACAUAAAAAACAAGAACGCCGAAAUCUACCAAGAACAGAAGCCAGAAGCUGUAGCAGCUAUAUUGGAACGACACUACGUGGAUGAUUUAGUCAUUAGUUUUGACCAAGAGGAAGCAGCCAUAAGAAUUUGCCAUGACAUUGUCGAAGUCCAUCGCCGUGGCGGGUUUGAACUGCGUAAUUUUAUUUCCAAUUCAACACUGCUACAAGAGGUUCUGAAUAAAACACCGAUUGAGACAAGUGUGGUUAACGUUGAAGGGAAAGGUGCUGACGACAAAAUACUUGGAAUGUACUGGAACACGACAACUGACAGUUUUGAGUUUAAAACUAAGUUUCAUCGAAUCGCAGCUGAAGUAAUGCAAGGAAGACGCAUUCCUACCAAAAGAGAGCUGCUGGGUAUUGUAAUGGCAGUCUAUGAUCCGUUUGGCCUAAUAGCGGAUUUCUGCAUAUUCGCCAAAAUCCUCACACAAAAAACUUGGAGUCGUCGCAUUCAAUGGGAUGAGGUAUUACCGGGUGAAUUGCAGGACGAAUGGGGUCAUUGGUGGACAGCACUGCAGAACAUGCAAGAGUUUCGAAAACCACGUUGUUAUUCACCGAAUUUGAGCCGUAGUAACUACAUAGAGUUACACAUAUUUGUAGACGCCAGUCAAAGCGCCUUUGCCGCCGCCGCGUACCUACGCAUUGUCUAUGGAAGCCAAACUGAUGUUGCCUUUGUCAUUGGGAAAACUCGCCUUGCACCAACAAAACUUCUGUCAAUUCCUCGUUUGGAAUUGCAAGCCGCAGUCCUGGGAGUGCGCCUAAAUAAGCUGGUGGUCAAGCAUCAGCAAUUCAAAUUGCAUAAGACAGUUUUUUGGAGUGACUCAAAAACGGUUUUGCAAUGGCUGCAUUCAAAGGAUCGAAAGUUUAAGCCAUAUGUGGCUCACAGAGUAACCGAAAUUUUAUCCAUCUCCCACGCUGAUCAAUGGAGAUGGGUGCCGUCUGCCGAAAAUCCAGCGGACACUGCCACGCGUCAAGUUGCAGUGCCGAAAAUUAAUCACAAUAGUAUGUGGCUAACUGGACCUGAAUUCUUAAAGAAGUCUUCAAACCAAUGGCCAAAAACAAUUAGUGAACCGCAGAGUGGAAUACUUGAGGAAGAAAUCGAGACCAAAACCGUUUUAAGCUGUCAAGUAAGCGAGCCCAUUGUAAAAUUUAUUAAAUUUUCUUCUCUAUCAAGGUUAAUAAGAGUCUUUGCCUGGGUUUUGCGUGCAAAACACAACCUGGUCUACCGCACCUCCAUGAAGAAGAGUGAGAGGAUCCCGCCAUUAUCAUCAACAGAGUUGGUAGAUGCUGAAAAUAUGUUAUGCAAAAUUGUACAACAGGAAGUCUACUCUGAUGAAGUUUCCACUUUACGCCAGAAACAACUGCUGCCAAAGACAAGCAGUAUAUACAGAUUGUCACCGUACUUGGAAGAGGAUAGCCUGUUACGCCUGUCUGGACGAAUUGAUGAAGCUUACUAUCUACCAUUUGGUGCACGACGACCCAUAAUACUGCCAAGAAGUCAUUUGUUUUCAUCUUUAAUCAUGCAACACUUUCAUAACAAGUACCAUCAUCAGAACAUUGCUGUCAUAAUUAACGAAUGCCGCCAAAAAUAUUGGAUACCGGAUGCUCGAGGUCUACUUAAACGAGUUCAGAAGACAUGCAAUAGAUGCAUUAUUGAUCGAAGUCAACCACGUCAACCACUUAUGGGUCAACACCCAAUUGACCGAUUAACACCUUAUGUACGCCCAUUUUCAUACUGUGGUGUAGACCUGUUUGGGCCCAUAAAUGUCACAAUUGGACGUCGAUGCGAAAAACGCUGGGUAACUAUAUUUACAUGUCUCACUAUACGUGCCACCCAUUUGGAAAUGGUUGAAAACCUUUCGACGGACGCCUUUAUUAUUAGUUUACGGAACUUUAUUAAUCGUCGUGGAGUACCAGUAGUCUUCAGAAGUGAUAAUGGUACCAAUUUUGUUGGCGCGCAAAAGGAAUUGACUGCAACUGAUCGAUUGCUGAAUAUUGAGACACUAAUAGAUGAGACCUCUGCUAAAAGAAUUAAAUGGAUAUUCAAUUCGCCUGCAAACCCGAGUGCUGGUGGCUGCUGGGAACGACUAAUACGUAUAGUGAAACGACUGCUUGGAAAAACAUUGAAGGACGUCGCCCCACGUGUGGAAACGCUACGUUCAGCGCUGAUCGAAGUUGAGAACAUAUUGAACUCCCGCCCAUUGACAGACUUACCGGUCGAUCACGAGGAUGAUGAGCCACUUACGCCAAAUCAUUUCCUAUUGGGAUGCGUAAAUUCGACACAGACGCCAUACCCACCAGAAAAUAUAACUUGUUUGCGAAAACAGUGGCAUAUUGCGCAAUCGAUCAAGGACCGCUUAUGGAAACGGUGGAUAAAUGAAUAUCUACCACAACUUGUAUGUCGCAGCAAAUGGCAUGACAACCCAGAAGCAAUUAAAGUAGAUGAUCUGGUCAUUAUAAUGGAUGAAUCCACCCCACGAGAAAAAUGGAAGCGAGGACGAAUUACAAAGUUAUAUCCUGCCAAAGAUGGACAAAUUCGUAAUGUGGACAUAAGAACAGCAACCAGCAGCUUACGUCGUCCGGUGUCAAAACUUAUUAUACUGAAGCUUAAUUGUGAAUCGCGGAGCGAUUCACCAGGAGGGGGGGUGUAA